GGAGCAAGCAAGGAGAGAAUGUGUGGCGUUGUGGGCCCGCACUCGCGUCACUCCUCUCUUUCAGCUUCAAUCAGUCCUCGCGCAAUUGAUCCUACACCAUUCAUUGUGCGCUAUGCGCCCGCGCUUUCUGUUUGUACAACCCUCCGCUCGCGUGAUACGGUCGCUCAAAUCUAAUGCACGAUCCCGCCCG